CCGCCCCUCGCCGCGCCCCCCUCCCCGCCGCCCCGGCAGCCGGAGCUCGGCAGAAGCUCCUCCGGGAGCCCCGCGGAGCCGCCGAGCCCGGAGCGCGGAGCGGAGCCCGGCGGGGAUGCGGGAGGCGGCGAGCGGCUGAGGAGGACCCGGCUCCGCGCCGGGCGGAGCACACCCCCCUUCUUCCCUUCCCUUCCAGCCCGCCGGAUUUGGGAUCUUACCUGCUCGCUUUGGGAAUUAUUAUAUAUAUAUAUAUAUAUUUUUUUUUUGUCAUCGAUCCCUUUUUUUUUUUUUUUAAUUUUUUAAAUUUUUAUUUUAUUCUAUUUUAUUUUUUAUUUUUUUGCACACGUGGAGGAGCGCGUGGAUUUCCUAACAUGAUCUUGGCAAACGCCUUCUGCAUCGUCCUCUUCCUAGACGAGAUGCUGCGCUGCCUGGCCGCCCCCCCGGGCCCGGCGGGGCAGGACCCCCGCGGGUGGAGGGUGCCCGUGGACUGCGUGAGGGCCAACGAGCUGUGCGCGGGCGAGCCCAGCUGCAGCUCCCGCUACCGCACCCUGCGCCAGUGCCUGGCCGGGCGCGACAGGAACACCAUGCUGGCCAACAAGGAGUGCCAGGCGGCCCUGGAGGUGCUGCAGGAGAGCCCCCUCUACGACUGCCGCUGCAAGAGGGGCAUGAAGAAGGAGCUUCAGUGCCUUCAGAUCUACUGGAGUAUACACCUGGGGCUGACCGAAGGAGAAGAAUUUUAUGAAGCUUCCCCCUACGAGCCGGUCACCUCUCGUCUCUCUGAUAUAUUCAGGCUUGCUUCAAUUUUCUCAGGAAUGGACCCCGCCGCCACCUCCAAGAGCAACCACUGCCUGGACGCGGCCAAGGCCUGCAACCUGAACGACAACUGCAAGCGGCUGCGCUCGGGGUACAUCUCCACGUGCAGCCGGGAGCUGGCGGGCUCCGAGCCCUGCAGCCGCCGCAAGUGCCACAAGGCCCUGCGCCAGUUCUUCGACCGCGUGCCCGGCGAGUUCACCUUCCGCCUGCUCUUCUGCUCCUGCAAGGACCGCGCCUGCGCCGAGCGCCGCCGCCAGACCAUCGUCCCCUCCUGCUCCUACGAGGACAAGGAGAAGCCCAACUGCCUGGACCUGCGGAGCACCUGCCGGGCGGAUCACCUGUGCAGGUCCCGUCUGGCCGAUUUCCACACCAACUGCCAGGCCACCUUCCAGUCCCUGACCAGCUGCCCCGGGGACAACUACCAGGCGUGCCUGGGCUCCUACGCGGGGCUCAUCGGCUUCGACAUGACCCCCAACUACAUCGAUGCCAGCACCACCAGCAUCACCAUCUCGCCCUGGUGCUCCUGCAAAGGCAGUGGGAACAUGGAGGAGGAGUGCGAGAAGUUCCUGCGGGACUUCACGGAAAACCCCUGCCUCCGAAACGCCAUCCAGGCCUUUGGCAACGGGAGCGACGUGAACGUGGCCCCCAAAAACCCCUCUCCCCCCGUCACGGCGCCUCCCAAGGCGGAGAAGAGCCCGGCCCUGCCGGACGACGUCAACGACAGCAACACCAUCUACGACACGAGCGUCAUCACCGCCUGCACCUCCGUCCAGGAACAAGGACUGAAGCCAAACAAGUCCAAAGAGCAGAGCCUGUGCUACUCAGAGACCCAGCUGACCACGGACACGAUGCCAGAGCAGAAGACCUUCGUGGACCAGAAGGCGGGAUGCAGCCGGCAGCGGGCGGGCCGGAUCCCGCUCCUCGUGCUCCUCGUGCCCAUCCUGCUGCUGGGAUUAUAGAGGGGCGGGAAGGCCGGCGGGACGGGGACGCUCCCACCAGUGCCCACCAGUGCCCACCAGUGCCCACCAGUGCCCCGCUGGCACUCAGCCUCACCCCCAGCUCCUGCUGCGGCCACGGGGGGACGGGACAGACGGCUCGUGCCGGGGACUGAGACUCUCCCGAGCAGCGGGAAUGCCGCGGGAAUGCCCCCGGAGCGCCAGGCGGGCAGGAGGACCCUCACCACGCUGGGAAACUUUGGUGGUUUUAAUUCCUGGUUUCGUUGUUUUUUGGUUUGUUUGGGUUUUUUUUUUUUCCCCUGGUUGUUUUUAUUUUCGGUCUUUUCCGGUGGGUUGGUUUUUUCCAAAGCAGGAUUUUCCACCCCCUCUGGCUCGUGGUGAAACCCCCCCCCACUCACCCUGAGGUGCCCUGGAAUGGGACUGAGGAGGGGGCUGGAGCUGCGAGCGGCGCUGGGGAAGGGAAAGAAACGGAGCAGAGCUUUGGGAAAGGUGAUUUUCAGGAAUAUUCGCGGGAUCCACCGGCCUGGGGGGACGAGGAUUCCACAGCGGAGCAUCCCAGAGGACGGGAGCCUCUCCUGGAGCUCGGAGGGGACUCACUGGAGCUCUCAACAUCAUUUUGGGGGUUUUUUUGCUCGGGGUGGUUUCUGGUUUUUUUUUUUCCCCCGCGAGUUUUCCGAUGGAAGAGAAAAGAAACUCGUGUUGAACCGUGUGAGGCUGUCCUGAUGUUUUCAAUCUGUCGCUUCCAGGGGAAGAUCUUUAUAUUUUUUAUUAUUAUUUUAUUUUAUUUUUAAUUUUUUUAUUUUUAAUUUUAAUUUGGGGUUGGGAUGGGAUUUGACCCAUCAGGGGUCAGAAUCCUCUCUGUGUUCCUCUCCAUUUUCUUUUCUAUAUACAUAUAUAGUGUAUGUAUACCCCCCUUACCUAUACCUACAUAUAUGUAUGUAUAUACAUAACCA